UUUUGUGCAUCGUUUUUCUUCCGUUUCGCUUGUGGCAAACUUUCAUUCAUGGAGACAAGCUUUUGACGCUGCCAUUGAAAUUUGUUUCUUCUUUUUGCAGCGCAAACAAAAACAAAAUUUGCCGUCGACGACGGCGUUGACGUCGACGUCAACGUCGCCGGCAAAUGCGAGCUUACAAGUAUGUGUGCGACUGCUCUCUGUGCUCGCGUAUGUUGGUGUAUGCGAAUAUGACAGUGCCAGUGCCAGUUCGGACCAAAGCUCCCAGUACACGAAUGGCGUACAAACUGUUUGGACGUGUUUGCUGCUCGCUGGCGACGUCGCGAGUUCGAGUUCGAGCAUUUUAAUUCUCAGUGCAGCGUUGUAAAUAUUGAAGCGGCGCUUCGAUUGGCGUUGACGAACAUUUGUAUCUGUGUGUAUAUUUUAUUGUUAAUAAAUCCGCAAAGUGCCACAAAGCAACAAACAAAAAUGCUAAAAAAAAAACAACUGCAAAAUAUUGCCGAAAGCGACAGUGAAAAUCGUAAUUUGUUGAUUUAAGUGGCGGUAGCAGUCGUUGCUAAUGUCGCUGAAUGUUCAAGCGUGCGUCAGCGUGUAUGUGUGUGUGUGUGAGUGUGCAAAAAUUACAAAUAAAGAAUUGAUAGGCUGAGCCUGCGAAAUACAAACAUAAAGAGAAAAUGCAAAAAAACACAACAAAGAUUGAAAAGGCAAGGAAGAGUCGUGAAAACACGCACAUAAACAAUGUAAAUGUGUGAGUUUGUGUGCAUGCAUAAAAUGCAAGUAACAAUGAGAAGAUGCACUUAAGAGAAACAUUAAGAAAUCACGAAGUAAUUGAAGACAACGAGCAGGGAAUCCAGUUCGUUAUAAUAAUCACACCAAAAACGAGAUAAUAGCAUUUGCGGUCAGCUGCCCGAAACUGGAAAAACCACCGGAAAUUAACGCCAGAUUGCAAUGUUUUUGUUUUACAAUCGACGCAUUUUUGUCAUUAUAUUAAUUGAAUUUCUACUGCUGCUGCUGAGCGAUGACAAUGGACAACCAACGCUGACCAAGUUGCCGACAACAGUUGCUGCCGCUACACAAUCGAAAAACUCAACCAUAUUAAGGCCGUAUAUACAGAUCAAGAAGCACGCCUCUACAAGACUGACCAUAACCAAUCCAAAUGAAACCCAUUUACUGCACUGCAACCCAAUCAUAGAUCCUUAUGACUACUAUCAGGACGGCGCGCCCAUUUACUGCAGCUGGUAUCGCAACGGCGAAGCCAUUGAACAUUUGGCCAUACGCAACAAUCAGUUCUUUAUCUAUAAGAAUGGAACGCUGCGACUGCCGCCAAACGAGCGCAUCAGCGGCGUUUAUCAUUGUCUGCUUGAGUCGGAUGAUAUGAAAGUAAUAUCCGACAGCAUCACAGUCGAAUAUCCAGUGUUGAAACGUCUUGUUGUUGGCCAACAACAGAGCGCUAACAUAAGCGUCGUGGCCCAGCAAGCCCUUGUGCUUGGCUGUCCUUUUCUCAGUGUGCCCGCUGCCCGCAUCAGCUGGUACUUUGGCAACGAGUCCUUGGCGAAUGAUAGCAGUGCUUUUAUCCUGAACAACGGCACGCUUAUUGUGAGAAAACUGCAACCGGAACAAGCUGGAAAAUACAAAUGCGUGGCCAAGAACCAGUAUGCCAGCAGGACACACCGUCAGUUCGUGUGGCUGGUGCGUGUCGAGCCGAAUGCCAGCGGGCCACAAAUGCUGGCCACAACGACAACGCAUCUGCUGCCUGCCUUCCAGAAUGCCACACUAUUUGUGCCCACAGGAGGCUCGCUGCAGCUGCAGUGCCACGCCAUGGAGGACUAUGUGCCCAUCGAGUGGUGGCUGCAGCAUCCCAACAACUCCCUGUCCCAGCUGAGUAACAAUAGCAUGACGCUGGAAAUAACUAACGCCAGCAUGGCCCGGCAUGAGGGAUACUACAUGUGCACCACGCCCACCGACAGACAGACGUUUCGGGUGGUAGUUACUAUACCGCCGAGAAUAGUUAGCACGCUGCCCGUGGAGCUGGGCUAUAUCAGUUUGUCGACAACGCUGAGCUGUCGCGCUGAGGGCAAUCCAGAGCCGAGUCUUAGCUGGUACCACAAUGGAGCUCUGCUCAACAGUUCCUAUACACGCUACAUCAGUGGCAACGAGCUGCACAUACACUCCUUCGAUCCGGAGGAGGAGGGCAUCUAUCAGUGCUUUGCGCGGAAUGUAGCUGGCGAGGAUUCCGUCACUGGCGAGAUGCGCUUCAAGCACCAGCUAGAGCAGCCGAAUCCACUGCAGAAUAUACGCUGUUAUCCGCACAGCUUUCACACCAUCAAUGUCACCUUUGACAGCCGCACUUUGGAGUCAAUGUUCGUGGUGCACAUUGUGCGCAGCAAUCCGCAUCAGUGGAGCUCGUUCGCGCCCAUGAAACUGAAUCACACCUCGUUUGUGGUGAUCUCAACUGGUCUGCCCAUCUAUCGUCCCUUCGCGCUAAUCACCCGAUUUCUCCUGCCCACCUCAGAGGUGCGUUCUGGCAGCAUUGUGCCGCAGCAGAUGAUGAUCAGUUCACUGCGCAGUCCGGCUGUUGUCUGCUGCACCCAAGGCCUGCUGCUGCGCCUGGUGCAUCUGGGCAACGAUACCUUUGUGAAGUGGUCCCAGGCGGAGUUGGACAACAAAAAGUACUUUAUACUACAGUUCUACAUCAACCACACGCAUCCGCAUCCCGCCCAGCUGCUGGAUGGCCCAUUACAUGGCACUGUCACGUCCGUAGAGGAGAAGGCGGACGAGGUGCGCCGCCAACUGACCAUCAUACGGCCACUCAAUCAGUCGGCUGCUGCCACAGUGCUGCGUAAUGCUGAGCACGAGGUGCUCGACAACGAAGUGGACGAUCUCACGCUCGAAAUAGAAGAGGACAUCUUCAGUCUGGUAGUGGAUGCGAACGUUACGGGCCUGCUCCUGCAUCACUUUAGCCGCAUAAAGAUGCGUGUGCUCAUCAUCACCAGCGAGAACGAGUUUCUCGCUCAGGACUUUCGCUAUGUACAGUGGAAGAUUAUCGAGAACGGCACCUCCGACCAAGCGAACAUGUCCUUUCGCCUGAUUACCGUGGAGUCGCGUAUGCUGGCCUUUCAGUUCCUGGACAGCCUCAAUGACACCUGCGUCUACGAGUGCCAUCUGCACGUACAGUUGCCGCUGCGCAAGCAGGAGCCGAAAUGCAAAGAGCGCACCAUAGUCAAUUCGAUGCUGCUCGUCUCUGGCCUCAGUGCCAACGAGCGCUACAAUUUUCAUUUCUACAAUUGCAAGCCGCAAAUCUUCUAUGGCGAAAUGGAUGUACAGACGUUACCAGACCCGCCCGGCACUAUAAGCAACUCGCGUGUGGUCAAACACAAUGGCCUCAAGCUUAUAUGGGAGCCGCCACUGCACCCCAAUGGACGUGUCCAUCACUAUAAUAUACUCUGGACUUUGGGCAAUGUCACACACGAGGCAAAUGUCCUCGAGUGUCGCCCAUGUUUCUAUAAGUUCCCCAAUGUUUCGGAAACAGACAAAAUUCAUGUGGCCGUGCGAGUUGUUGGUGAAACGGGCGUUGGCGCGCCCAUAUUCUUCGAUUUGAUCAAUCAUCACAUACUGGAGACGGUACAGAACUCGUCGAAUCAUGAAGUCUACAGUGGCAUUGCCAUCGGUUCCCUGCUGUCCAUGCUUUGUGUUUUUGGCUUUGCGCUCUUCAUCAUAUUUCAGAGGCGUCGAUUUAAGGCUCGCGUACCGGGACCUACGCACUUGACCACGCCCACAGACAUCAAUUUUGGUAAUCUGAGCAGUGCUUCGGGCAUUCCUGGGGACAGUGCCGGUGGUCUUAGUGGCAACACAAUGCAGCAAGACUGUCACGAAAUGCAGACACUGAUUCCGCGCUCCCGUUAUCACAUCGAGCUGCUGCCAGAGCGCACGCUCGAGUAUCAGACAAGCACAGCGAAUGCUGCAACGUUGCCUAAUGGUAACGGCAACGGCCACGGCAACGGAACGGCCACGCGGCGUCCGCUUCAGGAAGCACAACUGGAGCUGACUAUUGCGGGCGUGCACAAUCUAUCGCAGCUGCCACUGUGCGCUGGCUCGCCGGAGCGUAAAACUGUGCAAGACGCCAUGCUCCAAGAGGCAAAGGCCUUCUACAUACCUUAUCGCCAUACGCCACCCAAUGCAGUAGCGCUGCAGGCAAGCGGCAGCACCAACUCCAAUGCCAGUCACAAGCAAAGUUCCUCAAAGAACAGCGAUAGCGGUCUUGAGGUGGCGGUGCCGCCCAACUCGCUUCCGUUAGUGGCCACCGUGCCGGGCCUGGGCCUGGGCCGACGCAGUGGCAGCUUGAGCAGCAGCAGUGCCAGCAGCACUAGCAACGGCAGCAAGAAGCAAUUCCAUACAAAUUUUGCGCGGCACUCAAAUUCCAAUGAUGGCAUCUGCCUGUUGGCCGAAGAGGAGUCGGCAGCGACGCUGACGCCGACAUCGGAGAACGAGUAUGCGUGUGUUAGUCUCACAAACGGUUUCAAGUUGCCCGCCGAAAUGACAAAGCAAAUGCCGAGCAAAAGCCAAUUUAGCAACAACAAUAACAGCAGCAGCAGCAGCAGCAGCCAAAAAUCCGCUGUUGUCCAGCAGAAGGAUCGCCAGCAGCAGCAGCAGCAGCAGCAGCCGAUGCCUCAACAGUAUCCUGCUGCAUCCAUAGUUCCUGUCAACGGGCCACAGACUCACUCUGUGGGCGUUAAGAGCAAAAAGACGGCAACAAUGGCCAAACAGGCGUGGCCAGCGUCUACGGCCCUGAAUCGUCGUGCCCAAGUCGAUCCAAAUGGCUGAGCCUAAAUAGUUGCCAUUGUUGUCGUCGCCUCGCCAAGCAAAAGUAUUUCAUGAAGCUACUAAUGCACAUACACUUACACUUUACUCUACACACACACACACAAACACACACAGACACACACAAACACGCUUACACAUUCGCAGCUCGAAACAUUCCAAACAUUGUGGAUCCCUAUAUUUGCAUUAGCUCAGUAUAAGGACACAUAAGUAUAUGCUUAGUUAUAUGGAGUACAUUUUAUAAAUGUAUUUAUUUAUCUUUAUCUACGAGAACCAUGAGAAUAUGAUAAUAUACGAGAACAUAAGUACAUAGGCAGCAUAUUUAUAUACACAGAUAUACAUUAACGCAUAUUUACUUUAAUU